AUGGUAAAUCAAGUUAUCAUAGGAGCUCUCUUCCAGGAAGGAACUUCACAAGUUAGACCACCAUACUUCAAUGGACAAUAUUUCUCUCACUGGAAAGUGCAUAUGGAGAUCUAUGCCAAGACAUAUGAUGUUAAAGUUUGGAGAGUCAUCAAAAAGGGGAACUAUUCCCUGCCAGCUGCUACUCCACCACUUGCUGAUCCUGAAGAUAUAGAUUUGUAUACAAAAGAGCAAAUGGAGGUGGUACAAGUUAACAAUAAAGCAAGAAACCUUCUUUAUAAUGCCAUAAGUGGUGAAGAGUAUGAGAAAAUUUCUAGCUGUGGCACAACCAAAGAAAUGUGGGACAAGCUUGAUAUUACAUACGAAGGAACCAGCAAAGCAAAAGAAACACAUAUCAACAUGUUGGUUCAUGAUUACGAACUCUUUUCAAUGAAAGAAGGAGAGUCUAUUGAAGAGAUAUUUGCUAGAUUCCGCAAAAUAAUUAGCGAUCUAAAAGUGUUUAGAAAACUUUAUACGAGAGAACUCAGAGACUUUGAAAAGACACAUCUCAAGAAGACUAGUCAAGAAGAAAAAAGGAAAAUAGUCGCAUUCAAGGCCUCAACUGAAAUAGCUGAAACUGAAAUUGAUGAUGAUCCUGAAGCUCUACAAGAAGAGAUUGCUAUGCUAUCAAGAAACAUGGAUGGCUCAAUGAGAAGAUUCAGGAAUACGAGGAAAGGAAGAAUUCCACCUAGAGGUUUUAACAAGAACAAAUCCUUUGGAAGUUGGAGCGAUGAAGAUAGUUCAGAACACGAAGAGAUAGCAAAUCUUUGCUUCAUGACGAUUCUGGAAAAUGAGAUGAACAAAUCUUCAGGAUGCUGGACGGAUGAGGACACUUCAGAUGACAAAUACAAUGAUGAUAAUGAGAACUAUUUCAUGACACGAGGUGAAACAAUUGAGGAACACCACAGAAUAAGCCGCAAAGGAAAAUGGUACUUAGACAGUGCGUGUUCCAGUCACAUAACAUGUGAUAAAAAUCAGUUCAAAGAAGUUACAAAAAUUGAUGGAGGAAGCGUUAAGUUUGGGGAUAACUCAAGGGGAAAGAUAAUUGGUACUGGAACAAUUGCCUUUAAUAACAACUGUGACAUCACUGAAGUUUAUCUCGUUGAUGGACUCAACUACAAUCUCCUAAGCAUAAGUCAAUUAUACGACUCAGGAUAUGAGGUAAAUUUGAAGAAAACAGGCUGUGCUAUUGAAGAUGAGACAG